GCCCGCACGACGGCACGAGCCGCCGCCGCCACUGACACCCCCAACCCCGCUUGCCGGCGAUGGCGCCACUGGAGGACGACGACCUGCUCCGCGAGAUCCUCGUCCGCCUGCCCCCGCAGCCCUCCUCCCUGCCCCGCGCCUCCGCCGUCUGCAAGCGCUGGCGCCUCCUCCUCUCCGACCCAGGAUUCUCCCGCCGCUUCCGCAUCCACCACCGCCGCAGCCCUCCCCUCCUCGGUUUCUUCCGCAGAAAUGACGCCCUACCCUUCGUACCCACUCUCGACGCCCCGGAUUGUGUUUCCCCCGGUCGUUUCUCCUUGCAGCGCGGCAACGGCGACCAGUUCAUGUCGCUCGGAUGCCGCCAUGGCCUGGUACUCGUCUUCAACAAACCCAAGAAUCAGAUCCUGGUGUGGGACCCCGUCACCGGCGACCAGCACCGCCUUGUCGUGCCUCCGGGGGUUGCGGCACAUGCAGAGAAGACAACGAUCAACGGGGCGGUGCUUCGUGCUGGUGCCGCCGGAGACGACGAUGCCCAGCACUUCCAGGUGGUGUUGGCAGUGGCAGACAACGACGACGAGCAACACAGGCAAGCACCUGCCUGCGUUUACUCGUCAGAGACUGGCGCAUGGGGUGAUCUUGUCUCAACACAGCUUCCAUCUGACGUUCUAAUGAGUGAUGCUGCCAUCUUGGUUUCUACUGACAGGCCUGCUGUGCUGGUUGGGGAUUCCCUUUACUGGAAGCUUGCUGGGAAUAUUGAUGGAAUUCUCAAGUUUGAUUUGGAGAAGCAAAGCCUGGCUGUGAUACGGGUGCCAUUGCAUAUCCUUGAAGAGGGCCAGUACAUGUUCUUGAUUAUGCGGGCAGAGGGUGGUGGCCUUGGUUUACUCAUCCAGACAGACUGCAGCAUCCAAUUGUGGAAGAUGAAGACUGAUUGUGACGGUGUCGCUUCAUGGGGGCUUGGAAGAACCAUUGAACUGGACAAGCUACUUUCUCUGAAUUCUGAGGAGACUGACAUGUUGAUACCAGGGCUCGAGGAGGAAAAUAAUGUGGUAUUCAUGUGGGCAGAUCACAUUGUCUUUACGGUCCAUCUUGAGUCAAUGAAGUUCAAGAAGCUUUCUGGAACCUACCCCCUUUCUCAUUAUCAUCCAUUCAGAAGUGUCUACGCGGCAGGGCAUAUUUCCUUCAUGGGGGCGAUGCGGAUCUGGGAUCAUCGCUUGGCGCUGCCGAUGCGAGCGGGAAGCAUGCUGCUCCUGCUCGGCAAGAGCGUCGUGGGGGAGGGGAUCGCGUUCACCGUGCUCCUGGGAGGAACCCUACGCCACCGCGUGCCCGUGAUCCUGCUGCGGAAACUGACAUUAAUUCUAAUGGAUUAUUGGAGGUCGCAUGGGUUAGGAUUGGGAGAAUCCCUUCUAAUUAACAAAAGAUGUGAUAAGACUGUUCCAUAUGUUGGGGGCCUGGUGGGGAUCACUUUGGAGGUGGAUAUGUCUACCAUAAAUCGUCCCUCUUCAGUCAGAGCCAAGAUUGGCUAUAGGCUGGUGGAUAAACUCCCCAGCUCAGCUGAGGGGGUGCUGGGGGGUUGUUUUUACAGAUUUACUUAUGAGGUUGAGGAGAUUUUGGUCAAAACCCUGUUGUGGAGGAUGUUAAUGCUCAUAUCUCCAAUAAUGAACCUGCUAAACAUGACCCAACUCCAAGAGAAAACGAAUGAUCCAAAAGACGGUGAUAGUCGUUCUGAUUCCCCUGAUCAUGGCAAAAGUGGUACUUCUCGUGGUGGCAAAACCUGUCGUUCGCUGCCAGUUGAGAAUGAGAUAUCUGCCUCCUCUGAAUGUGAGGUGGACGGAUCUCUGCUCAUCGAAACUUUGGCUAGAGAGAAGGGUGUGUAUGAUCUGGAGGAUGCACAUGGUGCCUCGAGCUGGCUGGCGACAGUCGGCCCAACUGUGAUCCCGGAAAAUGUGAUACCUGGGUCUGAUUCUCACAAAGUGCAGGCAAAAAACAAUUCUGUGGUUAAUCGCAGUCUAUCAUAUGUUGCGGCUGUUACUAAUAUUACUCAGGUUGUGGAGGUUGAUGGUGAGGUGGACCCGAAGAUGAAGAUAUCUACUGAUUAUGUGGUUCAACUCCCUUCACCUGACCGUAAUGAGGAGAUCAUACUCACUCCACCACCUGCCCCAGAAGGCGUACACAGAUUCAGCAAGCGUAACGCUCGAGGCAUGUAG